UUUGGGCGUGGCAUUUCCCUCGUGACUCCUCUUCUUCUUUUUUUUCCCUCUUUUCUUCUUUUUUUCCCCCCUUUUUUUGGCUUUUUUAAGAAAAUUUGUUGUGAUCCGUUGAUGUGAGCAUGGCCACGGAGUUCGCUCCCACUAUUCGGUAGCUUCUUCUCCAAAUCCCGUUCCCACACUCUAAGCGAUAUUCUAUGAUGCAGGGUUUUAAGUCUUCGGUCAUGACAAUUAAGUCAUAUAAAUACCAAGCAGAGGCACUGGUCCGGGACUACUUACUAGCAGAUCCAUUUGUUCCAUACACCUCUGUAAUGAGUGGCAUUUUCAUGUGCAAGGUGGUGUACGAUUUGACAAAAUUAGUCAGCUCAUUUUACUUCAAGGGCUAUGAUUCCCUUAUGAAGAUCCAACGAAUGGAGUGGAACAAUAGGGGCAUGUCCAGCGCUCAUGCCAUUUUUAUCACCAUUAUGUCAUUUUACCUACUCUUCUUCUCAGAUCUGUUCUCUGAUCGCCUCGAAGGACCAGUUACAUUUCGAAGUUCGAAUAUCUCCACUUUCUCGUUAGGGGUUUCAGUUGGGUACUUCAUCACUGACCUUGCAAUGAUAUUCUGGCUCUUCCCUUCGCUCGGCGGAAUGGAAUAUGUUGUCCACCAUAUGCUUUCCACAAUUGCAAUAGUUUAUGCUAUGUUGUCGGGGGAAGGACAGUUGUACACUUAUAUGGUUCUUAUCACGGAGACAACCACUCCAGAAAUAAACUUGAGAUGGUUUCUUGACACGGCAGGAAUGAAAAGAUCCGUCGCCUAUCUAGUUAACGGCAUAGUGAUGUUUAUCACAUGGCUGGUGGCGAGAAUACUGCUUUUCGUCUACUUGUUUCAUCACAUCUAUUUGCACUAUGAUCAGGUUCUUCAGAUGCAUAUCUUUGGUUAUGUGCUGACAUUUCUGGUGCCAUUUGUGCUGUUUGUCAUGAACACGUUCUGGUUCGGAAAGAUCUUAAAAGGACUUAAGAAAACAUUGUCCAAGCGUCGUUGAGGAUCUGAGUUUGUCCCAAUCUAUGAUCAUUCCUACGCGGUUUUACUUUUUCUUUUUUUUUCUUGUUCCUGUGUAAAGUCGAUGGAUAUAUAAGGUGGGGGAAACAAAAAGAGAGGUAAAUAGAAGAGGGUUUAGCGUAGUGUGGCUUUGUGCUGCUCUUUGUGGCUUAAUUGCUGUAUAUGGAUACGAAUUGCGUUUUCUUUCGAGUAAAAUUCCUGUCGUAGUUGUUGUAUUUUUUUUUUGAGAAAACUUCAAAUACCAUCCUGU